AUGAGUAAUUAUUGCGUUUUUAUGCAAUCCAUCGUAACCGAUAACAAGUGAGAUCAAGAACAAAAUUUCAAUAAGAAGCCUUAUAAAAUUAUUCGUGGGUUCAGUCUAUAUUCUCAAGUUUUUUUUUGAUAUGAUAUCAUUUAAGUUUUCGCCUGAUGUGAAAUUUACAUCCGGAUAUUCGUACGUGCCAUAAUAAUCGCUACUUCAUUGAUUUGUCUGCAAAACUAUUUCAAUUCUAAGGAAUUACGUAGAAUAGUAUUUUAAAGAAACACCAUGGGAUUGAUCGAUUAUAAUCAGUUGCCUAACCUCGAUUUGUUCGGAAUCUUCUUCUUUCACUUCGUUUUAUCCACAUGGGCUGUGUUUGGACGUUGGAGUCCUGAAGCCUACACAUAUUAUAACGCGGUACUCUUAUUUGUCCUGAUUUGGUGUAUAAAAGAUAGUAAUCAAAAUGAAAUUCCGUUGAUUUUGGCUAUUCGUGUCAACAUAAUAUCAAUUAUAUUCGAUUUCCUUAUUAUAAUCACUUGUUUUCCGCAUCCGUUGUGGGAAAGUUUAUUCAGUUACCUGGGUGGCCUCUUCAAUUUGUUGUUAAGGUUCAUUACAAUCCCUUUACUGAGUAAAUUAUGCAGUGAUAAAACCGGAGGAUUGAAUGAUGGCCUACCUUCUGUUCUUUCUCCCAUAUUUGGUGCUGAUUACGGAAGCACUGUUCGCGACCCAUAUGAAAAUAUUGAUAGUGUGCCACAUCAAAGUUACCCUAAAUCGGAACCUGUGAUCACUCCUCCGGGAGCAUCUUAUUCCUUCACCAGUAAUCCGCCCACUUACCAGGCAUAAUCUUGAAAAUGCACUGAUUUUAUUUUUAUUUCUAAUCAUUUUUAUGUUUAUAUCUUAAUUCUUCAUUUUACAAUUCCUGCGAGUCACUAUAAUAAUAUUUUGUUAAUUUGUAAGAAUUCUAAUUUUACAUGUACUCGUAUAUUUUGUUUAAAGAAGAUAAUUCCGUUUGCCAGAAAUCGUGUUCGUACAUUGAGUGGAAAUGAUUUUUAUGUAGUUUAAUUCUGUUAUGGUAAUAUUCUUUACCCGGUGUGUAGAUCUCAAAAAUCAAGAUUUUUUGUUACUUUGAUAAAUUUUGAAGCAUUUAUUCCGUUUUCAAUGUUUUCAUUUUGAUUGAACAAAUAAUUGGAUUUUUUCGUUAUUUAUUUAUUUUUUUUUUUUGUAGACAAUAACUUACCUGAUGUUUAUACCUAUGCUUUCUCAUGAGAUCAUAAUUUAAUAAUUAUAUGAUAAUGGUUCUUUUACAUUUGUAUAUUUUUAAUAUUAUCUACUCGAAUAAAAAGUUUUACAACCGAA